UUCUCGUGGUCUCGUAUAAAAUCCGAUAAAUCUCCAAUUUAUCGGUGAAAUUCGUCCCAAAAUCCUCGGCAAAAUGACGACGAAAGCAGCAAAGCGUAAGCAGAGCACCGUACAGAACGGCUGUCCGGAUGGGGAGAAAAAGCAGAGACAAAUCACCGACGAACCGGCGAGCAACGAGGAAACCACCGACAUCCCGGUUCCGGUGGCGGUAAAACGGAAAAAGGCCGAAACAGAGACACAAGAAGAUGGCCAGGAUUCACCGAAGGACAUCGAGUACGUGAAAAACUUCCAUCAAAAGCUGAAAUCCGGAGUUGUGGCCAUGGAUGCGAUCCGGCACUUUAUCCAGCAAUCGCACGCGAAUCCGGGCUACAUUACGGAGUAUAUCCGCACCGGUGGUACGUUGAAGAAUGUGAUGGACGUGUUGGCUGUUUGCGAUCCGGAGAAGCUGAGUGAUAUCGCGGAUCUUUUCCAUCUGCUACACCUCGUGUUGAUCGAGGCGGCCAACUACGACAGCACACAGGCGGCACUGGCAGCAAAGUGUGCCAAGAGUAUUAUGAGCGGCUACAAACCGGUCAUAGUGAAGGUGUUGCGCGAUCGCGGAGAACAUUCGCUUACCUGCAGAGCGGCCGGAUUUCGUAUACUGAAGGCGGUGCUGCUGGUGGAUGCGGCCACCUACGGAAAGGAUAUUUUGCGCCAGAUGGAUGUGGUGAUGCCCGAACUGGAAAUGCAUAAAUGUCGCGAAACGGCAUCAUCAACCGGAUCCACCGGUGGUACGGAGUCACUGCGCACCGUGUUUAUCGAUUUCAAUCUGGCCUUCCUCAUCGACACACCGACCGAGAUUGUGCGGUUGUGGCUCUCUCGUGCCCACCUCGUCCAUUCACUGACCAUCAAUUUGGUGUACGAUCACGGAGAGAACGUGGCUUUGGUGAUGAAAAGUUUGCGCCAAUACGUGCUCGAGUGUCCGGCCGUUGAUAAGUAUCUCUACAGAACCGUCUUCACAACCGACGUACUGAAGGCGCUCGUUAACGUCUAUGAAUGGGUCGGCCCCGACAAAGAGGUACCGAAAGAUCAGCUAAAGCAAGCAAUCUUCGAUGCUAUGGAAGAGGUCGUCAUGCCGCUGCUGACCUCGAGACGCUACUUCCUUGUGCCACACUCGAUCGAUAUCAACCGUGCCAGCCACCGGCACAAGCAUAUACUGCUCGCCCUGAAGAACUCACAGCUACACGAUCACCAACGACGGCUGGUGAUGCGACUGUUUGAAUCAUGUCCCGAGGUACUGCCGGCGGUGCUGGAAAACUUUGGUUCACUACUGAAAACGAAAAAGGAAGGAAACCGUGGGCUCGUGUUGGACAUUUUGUGUUUGCACAAACCGGAAGAAAUUGUGGCCGGAUUUGAACCCGGCAUCACGGCCAAAUUGGUGUCGCAGUUCAUCGUCAAAAGUACGUUACCGCGUACGGUGCUGGAGUACGUUGGGGUGGCCAUGGGUAGCCAUAAGCACAACAUCCCCUUCUGUCUGCAGUUUCUGUGCACCAUGAUCACCCGUUGCGAACAGUACAUACAGGCCAUCCAGAACCGCCGUAUACUGGAUCAGUUCGAUAUGAAAAAGAUCAAGUUUGAUGUCAUCAAUCAGAUACUGGCGCUCUUCCCGAGUAUCGAUCGCAUUAUGACAGCGAUGGCAACGCAUCGAGAUGAUCGCUCGGUACAGCGCACAAACGUUGCCCUCGAGUACGCCAUGGACAUCCUGCUCGUCUGUAUUCGAUCGUUCCCGGCGUACAUUGAAAGCUCUUCGUUCAUCACGACGUAUCGCGACAUUCUGAAGCCGGCCUACCGGACACCAUCGAUGGAACACUUUUAUCUGAACUACGAGUUCAAAGCCAUCAAGGUGGUGAUUGCACUGGAACCGCAAAGCGUCUCGUUCGGAUCGAAGCUGUUCCCCUCGGUGCUGAAGCUCGUCGCCAAGGUGUACCUGAACGGCAGCAAGGAAAUGCAACGUGAAGCGACCGAACUGCUCCUGGCACUGUUCCGCAAUACGACACUCUUCGGUCAUCGGGGCACUGAGGUGGAGUUUUGGUUUCAGGCACUAUACGACACGGAUGCCACGUUGGUGCCGGAACUGGUGGACUAUCUGGCACAAGCCACACGGCAAGCAAGUGCCCAGCUUAGCCAGCAGUCUGCAUCCGCUUCGCAGGCUGAUCAUUCGAUGAUCGAUGAAGCGUUCAUCGAAUCGGAAGGCAUCCGUAAGGCUGAUCUUGAUCUGCUUUUUGCCCGUGUCGAGCAAGAGGACGAACAGCAGCAGCAGCAAGGACAGGACACGGCGACGACGGUGACCAUCGCUAGUGAAAUGGUCCCCGAAAACACUCAGCUAGAGCUACCGGUAGCGGACAACUUUUUCAUGUACAUGUUCCACAAGGAUCGCAAACACCCGGCACAGUUUCAGCGUUACCUCGAUGCAGUUCUGCUGCGUUACUUCCACUAUCUACCCCAUCCGGAAAUCGUCGAAAGAGCACUGCGCACGGUGGCGGAAGAUGGAAAAUCGACGUCGUCGUCUUCGUUGAUGAAAUACGUCCACAAGUGGAUGACAGGAAAGGAGCGAGCACUGGAUGAAGAUUGGGGUAUCCUUAGCAAACUCAGCACGGCCCUCGUCGGAAAAGAAAAAACGUUGAAGCUCGAUCCACAAGAUACCAACCAGUGGCGCAACGUGAGAGGUGAACUAAUACAUCUUCUUCACGAAACGAUCUUUUGUCUCUCCCGUUGGAUCUCGGCCGGUAACCUCACGCAACAGCACAUCGAUGUGGCUUCCCACUACGCGAAUCGUCUACUCGACGCCCUGCUCACCGAAGGAACACUUUCCGAGAGUGACACCAGCGAGCUGUUGAGUUCGUUGUUCCUCCAGCGCCCGGUACUGUUCCAACAGUUCACCAUCAUCGUACAAGAGGCGAGUCAACGGGCCAGCAAAGCGGAAACCACUCACCGUUUAGUGACGGGCUUCGUGUACGAGUUGAUGCAACGGCUACAACAUUUACCUAGCUUCGAUCGUGCCACAACACUUUACUCAAACAAGAUCGUCACCGAGCUGAUCCGCACCUCAACGAAGCAAGUCUCGCAAGCGGACGGUGCAGCAACAGCGACACUGGAUGGUGCACUCGUUGAGAAGUUGCUCGGUAUUUUCGAACUCAACGAACGACACUGUGUUACGCUGCUCAAACACUACGCUCAGUUGCCCGUUCGAGCGUUCUUGCAGCCCAAAACGAACGAUCGUACGUACCACUACCAGCAGCUCUGCCUUGCACUGGAGAAGCUGGCCAGUGUUGGUGCUACGCGAGGAGGGUUCCAUCUAACGGAACAGACGGUUCGUGGCCUGGUACGCCUGUACAUGGAAUGUGUCCGUUCAUCGGACAGUGAAGCGAAGGGGCUGGAAGAGCUCGAGUCAGCGCUCCAUGCUUAUCUGUCCACCUUUACUCACAGCAUCGCCCAAGUGGAUGUGCAACUGUUUGAAGUGGUUUUCGAAAAUCGCCAACGUGUGACCAAAUCUCUCGUGAAACUGACCACCUUCCUGUUGUCGCGGGAUCCACGAUUUGAUGGCCCUCUUCUCGAUCUGAUUGGGAAGCACACGAACAAGAAGGAACUCGUGUACCCCCUUCUCAACGUAGCCUUCCGUCGAUCGGUGCUUUCAGCGGCCAGUUUGGAACAGGACAGUAAGCUGCGGCCAUUCCUAUCAAAGCUGUACGCCGAGUUCAAGGGUGGUAUCCAGAAGAUGCUCGAGAAACCACACAAAGCGGCCGUCAUCUAUCGUGAGAACACGAUCGCAAACGAAACGCUGGUCCGCCUGUGUAUGCCCCGGAACGAGUGCGUGGAUUUUGCGCGCAAAAAACUGCGCAUCGAAGCGGUCGAACCGUUCCAGCUGAAGGUGUUGAUGGAGAUCUACGGCAGUGCACUGGGUGCGUUGAAGGAUGAUGCCAACUCGCAAACGAUGGUCUACGGGAACGUGUUCGCGGUGCUGCUGCAAUGCUUCGAGGUGCUCUUCCGUUCAGUGACCUCAGCCGAGUACUUUCUCCGGCAGGAAGCAUCGAUCGAGAAGCUAAACGAACUCGUGCUUGCCCUUUACGAGUGGAGCAAGCAAUCUAAACGCUACAAAGCGCUACAAGAGAUGAGCUUCUCGAGCGUCACGACGAGUGCCAACUGGAAUACGUUCUGUAAAACGUGUCUCAAGCUGGGCAUCGAUAUGCCCCGUAGUCCACUGAACUCACGGCGCUAUGACGAUCGACUGCACGUGCUGCCGAAGCUGAUGGGCGUGCUGGUUGAUCUGUUCUACGCGAAUGAUGCUAGCGAGCAGCUGGAGGACAUUGAGCGGUACUACGAUUGGGCACUGUCGCACACAAACUUCCUCCGUGUGUUGCUCACACAGUACGAGUACAGCCCAAAGACGUACCUGGUGUACUUGCUGCUCAUACUGGCACGUAAAAACCCGAACGUCGUGAACCGGAAACACGUUCCCUUGCUACUGGGAGCGUACAGUGCCACCUUGACCGACACGAAUCGCUACAUCCUGGCACUGAUCCAACACUACGAACAGUCCGGCGUAGAGAUGCAUGAAUUUCGACCGUUCCUGUGGGGCGAAACGGCGAUUAAGCACUUUUCGCUCGAAUCAAACGCUGGUACGAACGAAGAUCAACAGACAAACGGACGGAAAGCGGUGCCACAAAGGAGUACCUUCCGCAUUAACACGAUGGAAGUGUUUUCGUUACUGUCGAAGGAUAGAAUAGCGGCCACGAUUCAAAAGUUCCCCGUCUGGCGUCGGCUUGAUGCCGGUGCUCAGCUGCCGGAGCUUCACUUUGACAACAUCCUACCGUCGGCCAUCGAAUCAGCGGCAUUGCCCGUUGGCCACCAGCCGGUGAAUGCAGUGGAACGUUACGUAGAGCUAGGACAGCGUAAGCAGCGACGAGAGCUUCUGGAAACGUUGACGCUGAAAUCGGAGCUACGAUCAACGAUCUAUGAUCCCGCUUUCCUCAUCCCGAUGCUGGGCUAUCUGUUCUCACCGGAGAACCCGGAUAUGCUCAAUCUGGCCGGCCGAAUCGGUGCCCUAUCGUUGCCCUUUCUCUGCCUAGCAAGCAAUGACGAGCAGAUGCGUCUUGCUGCCGGUAGCGUGAUCUUACGCAUCCGGGCACACCUGGAACAGACGCGGCGCUUCAUCGAUUCCAAGUUCUGGCUCCAUCUCUUUGGUGCUGUCCAGCGUGGUCUGGCAGGGGUGAAGGUGGGUAAGCCGAAGGAGAAGGACACCGCUAAAACUGAACCACUCCCGAAGACACCUUUCCUUUCAACGAUCUUCAUCGCCGAAACAAUCAACCUACUGCCGGACGUGCUGAGCCCACUGCACGGUCCUAUGACACGCUACAUCAUCCACCGGGAAGCGUUCGAUUUCCGUGCCAUUCCGAACUUUAUGGCACUGUUUCACAGUGCGGACGUGAAGCACAACGUGCAGCGAUCGUUCAUACUGGAGACGAUCUUCCACGGCAUCAAGACACACGAGGACUUUGGUGUGCUGCGUGCCUCACCGAUCAUCCGGGUGAUGUUGAACUUCUACGCAUCCUCUCUGUCGAACCGGGAGCUUAACAUCCUCAUCCUCAACUCACUGAACGCACUGACAAAGAUCCCGAAAUCCUGCGAGGUACUCAUCAACGCGUUCGGAUUCCUGUCGUGGCUUCACGAAAAGAUCGAUACACUGGAGAGUUUCGAGUUCGACACGAUCGAGGCGUUUCUGGGGAUGCUCAACAACUGCUGGUACUCGAUGCAGAUCAUCGCCGAACUCACCGGCAAACGGGAUCCAGCUGCACGUGGCAAGAAGAAAACCAAGAAGCGCAGUGAUCGACGUGCGGCCAUAUCCUUUCACCGGAGUGUCCUUGUGGCCACACUCAAGUUCCUGCCACUGCUUUCGACACGCAGCUCUAGUAAGACGUUACUGCGGUUUCUACAUCUACUCGAUCGCACGACCAGCACGCGUUUUGCCUUCCCUCGGUUGCUGGCACUCGUCAGUGAACCAGUGCUGCGGCAGAUGAUGGAAUACUUUGAGAAAAUGUUUGCCGAUCAUCUUUGGUGUGUCCGUUACGUAAGACAGUGUGGUACGACGGGGUGUGACGAUGAUGGGACGAUCGCGCGGAAGCUUGUGGAUGCUAGUACCGAUCGAACGACGGUGGCGAUCGUGGUUAGCCUCAGAAGGUUCGUUAUCCGUUGGCAGCACUAUCAGAAGGCGGAAUUGACGCAGCAGGGAAUGGAUGUAGACGAAGAGAUGGAGGGUAAUGAGGGACAGGCCGAUGAUCGCGAAGCAAAGGACACCGGUGUUCAGUCAGAGUCUUCUGAAUCGGAGUCAGAUGAUGACGAUGAGGAUGAUGAAUGAACGGAGCGAUGAAAGUUUUUAGGAUUCGCUAUUUUGUUAACAACAAAUGAAAAAGUAUAGGCCUUAAUCAAAUCAA